AUGUCCUCCCUUUCUCGCUCUCGGUAUUCUCCCCCUGGCAGUUCUCCUUCCCCACGUCCAGAGAUCUCUUUGGCGACCGGCGCUCCCUCACUUUUGAAGAGAUUCACUGGCGGUCCCUACAACCACGAUCGAUUUCAUCUACCGGUGCUCCUCUAUUGUGCUCAGCCGAGCUCAGCCGGUCGGCAUCUACCGAUGCUCCUCUACCCUGCUCAGCUGGCCCCUUCUAAGCCUACUGUUGUCGUCUGUAUCCCCCAUCCUCCGUGUUUGAAUUGCGAUCUUAUCAAAGGUCCCGGUUGCUCCUCCCUCAACUAUGGAGCAAUGCAGGAACUCGGACCGUUCCGAGUCCACAGUGACGGGAAGACUCUUUACAGAAAUAAAUUUGCAUGGAAUAUUGGUAAAGGCGGAUCGAUUAUUUGUUUUACGAGGGCAGCUGCGAAUGUGUUGUUCCUAGAGUCUCCGGCUGGUGUCGGUUUUUCUUAUUCCAACAAGACGUCGGACUAUAGUGCGAGUGGAGACAGCAAAACGGCCACGGACAAUUACGUAUUCUUGCUAAAUUGGCUGGAGAGGUUUCCCGAGUACAAGAACCGGGAUUUUUACAUUGCAGGCGAGAGCUACGCGGGCCAUUACGUACCUCAACUCGCUCACAACAUCCUAUACAACAACAAGAGGGCAAACAAGACCCUCAUCAACCUCAAAGGGAUCAUAAUUGGAAAUGCGGUAAUCAACGACGAGACGGAUAAUAAAGGAAUGUAUGAGUACUAUGCUACACAUGCAUUGAUAUCCGAUGAAACGUGGUAUGCAAUUCAAAAGUAUUGCAACUUUGCACCAACAGGCACCGAUCUAGCAAGCCAAUGCACUUCGGCUCUAAUUAAAGCGGAUGACGAUGUUUCUCCUAUAGACAAUUACAACAUCUACGCCCCUCUGUGCUUCUCUUCCAACUUGACUUCUCAUCCCAAGAAGACCAACAUCAUGAACUUUGACCCGUGUGGAGGCCACUACGUGCAUGCUUACCUGAACAGAGAAGAUGUGCAAGAGGCACUUCAUGCCAACGUUGCGAAGCUCCAUCACGAAUGGCAAUCGUGCAACGAUGAUAUACAAAAAAAUUGGAGAGAUAGCCCUUCCACCAUCAUCCCUCUCCUCCAAGAAGUCAUGUCCACUGGACUCCGUCUUUGGGUGUACAGCGGGGAUACGGAUGCGGUAGUGCCAGUGACAUCGACCCAGAGGUCUCUUAGCAAGAUGAGCCUCCGAACGAAGAGUCCAUGGAGUCCUUGGUUCCUCGGGGGUGAGGUGAGGCGGCUUGUUUGUUUUCACGACAUCGACCCCUUUAAGUUGCGUACCCUUGAUUAUCCUCGUAGAGGGAUCAAUUGGCUUGAUUUGCUGAACUGA